AUGUCUCUUGACGAGCUACACCAUACUGCGUACAACACUGGUCAAACCACAGUCGUACUGAUUCAUGGUGCCUUAGUGUCCGGUCUCUACUGGGAUCUAGUGAUCCCCCACCUCCCUACGUCUUACCAUCUCCUGGUCCCAGAUCUUCCCGGUCAUGGGAAGUCGCAAUCGAUUGGACCGUUUUCAGUGGAUCUCGCUUCCCGCAUGAUAGCCCAGCUAAUCCGCACACGCACCAUCAAUGGUUCAGCACACAUUGUCGGCCACAGUUUAGGUGCGCAGGUCGCUAUCCGUCUGGCCUCCACAGACCCCGAUGUCGUCAACUCCAUUUUUAUCUCGGGAUUUGGAAUGUUUCCUCGAACAUCAAUCACACCCUGUAUUCCAUACGCAGCAUGGGCGAUGUCGCGUGUGGAGAAUUGCCUUGCCCGCCCGCUGGUUAGCUGGGCCAUGGAUGGUGCCGAUAUCCCACGCAUCGAUACCAAUGUUUGCACACUCGACUUGUGUCGGCAGAUUGUAUCACCUGAGACCCCCACUGAAUGGCCGUCGCCAUGGCCUGCGCGCACCCUCAUUGUUGUAGCAGGCAAAGGCGGACUAGUCCCUACCAAGGAUAGCCCGCAUAACGCUGUGACGUUGAUGAAGAUCGGGAGAGAGUUGAAUGAAGACACAGUCGCAUAUACGCACUUGGGCAUGCGACAUCCGUGGAACCGUCAGGCUCCGCGGCUGUUUGCAAAGACUGCUGAGGCGUGGUUUGAGCACAAGGAGCUCCCCGAGGGGUUUGUAAAGCUUUAG